GUGCAUCAGCGCAUGUGUAUACAGAGGGUAUAGGUUACGUUUUUACAUACAUUUAUAUUUAUAUCAUUUAUAUAUAUAUUAUAUACAUUUACACAUAAUAGUAAAAUAUGAGUGACUAUCUAGUAAUUAAUUAUUCAUGUAUUAUUUAAAUUUCUUAAUUAUCAAUGAUAUUUAUUUAUUGACAAAAGAUAAGUUUUAAUUAUUAAUAAUAACAAUAGAUAUACAUAUAUAUUUAAAUACAUAUAGAUAUAUUUAAAAAAUGGCAGAUAACUGUAGCGAUAGUAAUAAUUUUAAUGGUAUUCCACCUCUGCGGGAAAGUUUGAUAAAUACAGCAGUUAAAUUUUUGAAAAACCCGCAAGUGUCAUCGAGCCCUUCGAAAAAAAAAUACAUAUUUCUAAAAAAUAAAGGUCUGACGGAUGAAGAAAUUAAAAAGUCAUUUGAACUUGCGACAGUAGCACUUCCAAUUGAUAAUAAAAACGAAUUUACUUCGAUAUCUAUUCCUUCCUAUAAUAAUAAUAAUAAUUAUGUUAGUAGUAAUUAUUUAACGCAACCAAAGUGGAUUUAUAUUAUUAAAGAAGUUUUUAAUGUUACCGCCUUUAUUGGGACUACUUUUUACUGCAUUUACUGGUGUUACAAGAAAUUUAUUGAGCCAAUUUUAUUUAAACGUAAGCCUCCAAAACCUGAUGACAAUAACGAAUUAAUAUUGAAAGACGUCAAAGAAAUGAAAGAGUCCAUAGCUAACGUUGAAGAAAACGUAAGCAAACUAACGUGCAAUCACACACCAGACCCAACAGUACCACAAUUAAUACAGGAAUUGAAACAAGACUUAGCUAGUUUAAAAGGUUUACUAUUAUCCCGCAAACAAUUCCCAAGUGCGCCGCCUUCGAUUCCAACUUGGCAGCUGGACGACGCCUCCAAUCAGAACCGCGAAAAAACUACAGAAGACGAUGCCGCGAGUGGCAGCAGCGCUAAUAAUUCUGACAGUUCGCUAGAAAUGAUACGAGAAGAUCCAAAAUAAAUUUUUUUUAUUAUCAUAUAUAUAUAUAUAUAUAUAUAUAUACUUAUUGAUAAAUUAAUGGACAAUAGUUAUAUUGAUCACCAAAAAAUGAACCCGACCCAAAUUAUACGAUGCAAUAAAAUACUGAAUUUUUUUUUAUACUUUUAAUAACAUUAUUUAAUUUUUUUUUUUUAUUUAAAACAAACUUUUAGUUUUGUAGUAAGUUAAAUUUAAAAAUUCAAAUUUGCGCGGGAAUUGUAGAUAAU